CGUUCUCGAUGAAAAGUGGGAGAAAAUAGAAAUAUGGGGGAAGCAAAGGGUUAAUUAUAAUUAGAUUGGGAAUUCACAGAAUCGAGGUUUGGCUGUUCCUGAAGGAAAGAAGGGAACGUAGAACUAGUGAACUCGAGAGAGCGCACAACACAACACAACACAAUUACAGCAGAAACAAACCUAAAUUUCUUUGAUAAUGAUUCAAGAACUCAUGAAAGUUUGACACAUGGAUCCCGACAGCAAAAAAUUUGGAGGAGGGCCAAGAGAAUUGACAGGUUCUGUGGAUCUAUUAAAUCACUUCAAAUUACUCCCACAUUUUGAGUUUUUCUGCAAGAGGCCACUUCCUGUUUCAAUUUCAGAUGCACACUAUUUAUACAAUGUAGUAGGAGACAUUGAAAUCAGAAAAGGAGAUGGGAUGCAGUUGGAUCAACUUAUUCAGGAUACAUCUUUGUCCAGUGGUUCUAAUUAUCGUAUACAGCCUUUGGACCUCGAUAUUCUAAAGGAGGCUUUUCUACUCAAGGAAACUGUUCCCAUUGAUUUGCCUGCUGCCGAGAAGGGGAUUCUGACUGUUGCAGGAAAAUCAAAAGGUGAAUCUAAAGAUGAGGAGAAGAAGCAUAAAAAACACAAAGACAGGGACAAAGAUAAGGACAAGGAGCAUAAGAAGCACAAGCAUCGUCAAAAAGAUCGAAGCAAAGACAAGGAAAAGGAGAAAAAGAAAGACAAAAACAGGCAUCAUGAUUCUAGUGCUGAUCCUUCAAAGAAACACAAUGAGAAGAAAAGGAAGCAUGAUGGAGAUGAUGAUCUUAAUGUUGUGCACAAACACAAAAAAAGUAAGGUAAUAAAGGGAGAAGCUUUGUCUCCAGAUAAGUUCUCAAUCUUUCAUUCCCAUCUCUUUCUUCUCUAUAAAUUGUCUGCUGUCUAUUGCUUCUCAUAGUCCCUUGUCCAUUCUUUAGUGAUGUUUUGUUUUCUGUUUCUUAAUUUUACUGCAGCAUAAGAGCUCAAAAAUUGAUGAAUUGGGGGCAAUAAAGGUUGCAGGCUAAAAUGGUUACAUAUUGUAGUUCUCUUUUCCUCAAAUGGUUUGUGUCAUUUGUUAAAGUUUGUGGAGGGGUCUGUCACUUGACAUUAUCAGAUUUCUUGAUGUACUUAAUUAUAUUUGCCACAAUCUUUAAUUUUUGUCUGAUGUCUAGGUUCUUUGUUCUUUUGAGUUGUUUUUUUAUUUUAGAGGUGGUUGAUGGUGCAUCUUUAGUUCUUUUUUUGGUUAUAAGUACUAAUUUUAAUGUUUCAAUUCCUAGUUAGAAGAGUUAUGUAGCCAUCAUGUGCUAUAUAGCAAAAGGUUUCUACUUCAAGAGCAAGUUUACCGUCUAUGUUAGAGACCUCACUCUCACAUCACUAGCCAUAUGACCAAAAUAGUAUAUAUAAGUGGGAGGCGACCCUUAUAUCUUAAGCUAGCUUUUUGUUGAGUUAGUCUCAAAUUCAAAUUCUAAGAUGAUAUCAAAGUCUAUCUUAGUGAUUGUUGUUGGGCCUAUUAGGUCACUUGCUAUUAGAUUAUCCACCGAUGUUCAAUCUUGCAAACUUCACACUUGAGAUGUCCAAUCCUUAGCAUGAGAGGUGUGUGUUGGAGAUCUUACUUUGACUAGUGAUAUAACCAAAAUAGUAUAUAUAAGUGGGGGAAACUCCCACAUCUUGAGCAAGUUUUUGAGGUUGAGUUAAGCCCAAACUCAAAUCCUAAGUGUGUGUUUGGGAAUCCGUUGCAUUCCCUGUUUUUCACUUUCCAAGGCAAUUUCCCACUGUCCCAAGCAGUGAAUGUGACUGGAGAAAAUGUAGCUUUUACGUUGACCAAAACCUAUGAAUACAAACACACCCUAAGACUUAAAUGGCAAUUUGAUAUAGAAUCGUAGGGUAAGGGGAGAGAGGAAGGUGAAGAGACAGUUGACAUUUAUUAUUUACGAAGAAUUUCGUGAUUGAAUCUAGCUUUGGCUGCUUCUGUUAUUGAAUCUGAUUGUCAAGUAUUAGAUACAGUGGCCUUCUUCCCCAAGUAUUUAAAAAAGAUUGGUUUUGUCCGGAUCUUGAAAGCUACUUUUAGUAUAUUUUCUGGGCAAAAUCUUAGAUAAUUCCUCUAGCCUUUGCCAGGUAAGAAAAAGAAAUUCAAAAAGCAUGUGAAGUUUUUCAUAUUUGUGUUUUUUUGAAGCUUUUGUAUAGAGUUUGUUUUGUAUGUCAUGUAACAACUUGGGAUCUAUGCCAUGAUAAUUUAGUUAUGCGUAAUCCCUGUCUCAUGUAAUUUCUCUGGUGUUUGAGAGUGUUCUCUGCAGAAGUUUCAUAACCCUACUCAUUGCUUCAUUUAUGUUUCAUGGUCAAUUAUUUAAUUGCCAAGGUUCUGUGGUAUCUUAUUGUUAUGAUGGUGGUUUGUAGAUAUAAAGCCAUUCAUGAACUUUCACCUAAUAGAUUAAGCUUUUGGGAGAGUUAGUUCUUGACAUGGUAUCAAAGCCUUUAAUAAAAACCCAAGCACUCGGGGAACCCUCCCUUAAUAGCUAGCUAUCAAGGGGGAAGAACCAAGCCGCCUAAGUAUUCCAAUGAGCAUCCCAUACUUGACUUGGGAUUUAGUCACCUAUUAAAACUCAAGUCCCUAUCAGCCUCUAUGACCAAAUGAUAAGGAGUUUGAUUCUAUUCAACUCCAUUCAUCAAAAUAAAACUUGAAUUUCAGUACAUUGUAUGGAGGGCCUGUACAUUUUUCCUUGCUUCAAACCCAAAGGGCUCAUCAAUGAGGGCACAUGUUCAAAAUAAAACUGUUGGAAUUAGUAGUUAAAUGCCUAUUGGAAUUUGUAGCAAUUAAUUUUCAGAUUCAUGUACAUAGCUAUUCUUAUACUAGAAUAUACUGUACUAAGGAACUAGAAUCAUCAUUAAUCUCCUUAUGAUCCUUGCCAAAUUGUAUAUAAAUACUAGAUCAGCUGAGUAACUGCCUCAAUCUAUUCAGAAAAUUCCUUCUCAUAAUCCCUAAAACUUUCUUAAGGUGGUGUCAGAGUGGGCUUGGUCCCAUCUCUUUUCUGUCUCUUGAAGGAUUCUGCCUCUCAUCCAGCAGAACAUUCUAAUCCCUAAAGUCAUGAAAAAGGAAUACUAUGUACAUCUGGAUAAACCUCUUGAUGACAUCCCAGAAGAAAAUUGCAAUAAAUGGAAAAGACAUGAUAUAUGCUUUGUGCCUUAUUUUGGCAAUCUGUUGAGCCAAGUAUCUUGAUGAAUUUUAGAGCCUUCAAAACCCAUCUUACCUUCUGGAAGAAAGCCCAAAGUGCUUUUCCCAAUGGCAAUUAAAGGCUGUAUGAUUCAACACAAAAGUUGGCUACUCUUAAACAAUCUGAUCACGACAUGGUUUCUUAUAUUUCAAGAGACUGGUUGAAGGUUAACGGCAAAGCUUGAUAAUUUAUAAAUGGUACUGGUUCUUUAGAGGAAAGCAUCCAGAUUUAGAUCAUAUUUGCAAUCAAGUCUUGCCAAGAGGUUCCCUCAAAGGAGAACUUAGUAUUAAAGAUAUUGGCUGUGUUUGGUUUUCUCUUUGGGGUGCUCCAAACUCAGUUUGACGAGUAAACUUAGUUUUGUAACAUGUUUGGUUAUUCUUAAACAUACGUUUGCACGCUAAAAAUUUUGUAUAGUAACUCAGUUUAGUGAAAGCAAGAAUUGGGUCGAUUUUGCAAACUUUAAUCCAAACAUACACAUAGUCAUUACGUUAGAGAUAUACUCUCUAUGUUUUCAUAUAUACAUUUCAUUUACAUUGUAACUUCAUUGUAAUUUCAUUUUAGCUUUUCUAGGUAACAGAUUAACUUUUUCUGUCAUUAGUUACCUGCUGACUCAGCAGUGAAUCAUAUAGCUUUAGCUAUAUAUUUUCCAUUUCUUUGUACUUUUAAUCCAAUGAAAUACUCACAAAGUCACAAUUUCUCUCCCUCUCUCUCUCUCUCUCUCUGUUAUUCUGAAUGCUAUUAUAGUAUCAUGAGGUUGUAAUUGAUCCAAGCCAUGGCUUCUCUGCACAAUUCAGCUUUCAACCAAAAAAUUGUGUAUCCAAUACUUUUCCUCAUCAAAAUUGAUUCCAAAAUUUUUGUCAUGGAAACUAGUAUAAGGGAUUAUCCGUGGUCACAAACUUCACCAUGUUUUGAUUAACCCUACCAUAAAACUUGCCCAAAUUUAAAAUAUUCAAAUUAUUGACUUGGAAGAUCUUUAUUUUGCUUUAUAUUUCCAGUAGUGUUUUAGAACAUCUUGUCAAAUCUGAGGGUGUGUAGGUGCUUGGUAAUUGUAUGAGAAACCAUAAUUGGUCAUUGGUGGAUUAGAAAUUAGGAUUGUUGUUUUUGAUUACUUGCAGGAAGAAGAGAAAACUAAUGCUGCUUACUAUAUUUUAUAGUAGAUAUAUGUUUUAGUGGGGAAAGUGGUUUGGUGCAGUCUCAUUGAAAGAGAAUAUAUAAUUUGAGUACACAAGUGCAAAAUAGGAUAUUGUGAAUUUUUUAAAUUACUUAAUUGAGGCAGUAUUUUUUUUUAACAAAAGAACAUGUGACUGCUUGGUUUUAUGGAACCGUACCAGACAGUAAUAGAAGUUCGACAUGGAGGAAGGAUGUUAAUCCAUGAUGUAAGAAAGUCCCUCAUGUUUAAUCAAACAGUAGAGAUUAUUGAUAGAUGCACAAAUACUGAUUGGUUCAUAUAUAUAUAUAUAUAUUGGACCAGUGUGAUCAUUUCGGUUAUGCAUAGUCAAGAAAGUGUAACAAUAACCUGAUAAAAUACAGGGUCCUCAUCCUUGGGACCAGCAGUUGCUUGAGUAUAAUCAAUUUUAAUUCAUGUUGAAACCCUUAAUUAUAAAUUGCCAGUUCUACAUAUAUUAGAUUUAUUCUAAUUUACUACUUCAAAUACGUGCUUAUGUUCUCCUCCCCUUGCACGUAUACUUUCACAUGUCUGAUAUCCUUUUAUAAUGAUAAUUUUCCUUAAAUUAACAUGUUGAUAUCUUCAUUUUUCAUUCUGACUUGUACAAAGCUCUGGUAUUGGUUUCAUGUUGGCAUAUCACUGGACAGGUUCUCAUUUCUGUUAAUUGCAUUAUGGAACUGGAAACGCAUAAAAGACAAUAGAAGACACAAGUAAAUAAAUGUUUUGGAUUCUGGCAAUGGAGAACAAUGUCCUCCAAUGCUUAUAUCUUUAGUUUGUUUCAUGAUAAGCAUUGUUGAUAGUCGCAGUAUGCAUGAUACCUUCUAAUUUUAUGCAGAGUAGCUAGUGAUCUGACUAAAUAUUAUCAUGAAGGUGAACUCACCUGAUGAAGGAAAAGGAUUCAAGGUAAAAUUUGCUGAAAGUGAACCUUCUUUUCUUUUCUAUUUGUAUAAUUAACACUUAUCCGAUAUAAUUGCCGGUAAUUUGCAAAACUUUGGUCUUUCUUUCCCAGUUUUUUUUGCGCACUGGAUAUCAAAACAUGUAUGCAUUUACUUUAAUCUUUGUAGAUUUUUCGGUCUAUAUAUAAUGGUAGUUUAAAUUAAAGAUAGCAACUUAUUUAGGAUGACUGAAUUAAGUAUGGAGGUUGUGUACA